CUCUGCUGCACGUAAGAACAAGAACCCCCAAGGGAGAUUCUAUUCUGCCCACUCUACAGAGGAGGAAAGUGAAGCUGGAGACUGUGAGGCCAUAGUCUGUUCAGAGAAGGAGCCAGGCUGUGGCAGGGCCAUCCGGGCCGGGCCAGAGCCGGGGCUCAUAGCCAUGCUCCAGGUCCCCACCCUGCUGGCUCCGCACUCCCUGAUGCUCAGUCCUGGAGAGCAGCCCCUGUUCCCUCUGUUCUGUCCCCAGGAAGUACCUGCAUGUGGGUUGGGAGCAGAGCAGGCCUGGCCGGUGAGGAAGAGAAGCCUCCCAAGCCCUGGCACAGCAUCCAGACCCUGAGCCCCAGCACCGUGUCAGCCACAGUCAGGAUGCAGUGCCAGCCCCUGCCCCUGGGGCUCUGGCCAGCUGGCUUCAGCCAUGGAGUCUGCUGUCUCAGACAGGCCCAGGGUACCCAUAGGGACGGAGGGAGGAGACAGAAUCAUCUCCCCACACCCAGGUUUGGCCUAGGGAAAACAGGGCUUGGGGACAGGGCCAUGCUUCCCCUCCCAGGUCAGGUGAGCGCAGAACCAUGCCUCUCCCCUUGGGCCAGGCUCCCAGGGUGAGGCAGGGAUGUGGAGGGCACUAGUGACCCAUUUAGCAGAUGACGCUCAGGCUCACUGCCAGGCCCCGGUCUCAUCUAAGGGCAGAGCCGGACUCAGACCUGGUGUCUGUGCUGGUGACUGCUCUUCACCUGGGGCCUCCUGAGAGCAGAGUGUGCCUCUUCCACAGACCCUUAGUGCCAGGGAUCGGCGAAUGCUUGGCUUCCCUCUUCUCCUCACUAGUCUGGUUUCUGGGGGGGUCCUGCAUGUUCUGCCCAUCCCCCCAGCUCCAGAGGCCGCAGAGCCCCCACACUCCUGGCCAGGACCCCAGCACCUCAGCCUUGCUGGUGAGCCUGCUGGGCUGGCCCUGGGGAGUUUCCCGGGAAAGCAGAAUCUCCAGGGACCAGCGUCACCCUGGGACUAGCUCCCAGAGGAAACGUUCUGUGUUGUUUAUGAUUUGUCUCUGAUUGGGACAGUCCCAUCCAGACAAAUUGGAAAAGCCAAAGGCACACAGAAAGGAAUCCCAAAAUAAUUUUUUGCCAUGCAGUUCCUCCGUCCAGCAGCGGAGCCGCCUCGACCCGUCCUGACACGUUCUGUCCAUAGCAGGGGGACACAUCAAUGGCCUCCCUCCCCUUCUGGGGAGCUGCUGAGGCUCCUGAAGCCCACAGCCCUGAGACGCCAGGUCCUCUGCUCCCGUGUCCCAAGCCUCCUCCCCUCCCCUUGCUGCCUGCUAUGCCCCAAACCCCUUGUCUCUGGUGACACACCUGAGCUGGGGGAGGACUGAGCUAUUCAUCCAACAAAGGCACCCAUCGGUUGUCCGUGUGCCAGGGCCUGGAGGUGCAGAGCCUGCUUGCAGUCAGAGGGAGCUGGCAGCUGAGCCUGGGCCCUGGUGUGCUCAAGGUGGCAGGAGGGGCUGGGCACAGGCCUGGGCAGCACUCGACUCCUCCCAGCAGCCUCCAGGGUAGCACAUGCCCAGCGCUGGGGUCCCAGAGACAGAGGGCAUGCUGGGUGACCUCAGGCAGGUGCUGACCUCUCUGACCUUGAGGAACAAGGUGGCCCUCCGCCUGGAGGGACCUGAACCUGUAGAAAGCAAGAAAGAGUUCCUUUGCUCAGCUGCCCUGAGCUAGGUCAGGCGCUGUUUGAAGACAGGACUCCUUGUUCCCCAGGGUGGGAUGGGGCCAUGCGCUAGUCAGAGGGAGUGGUGGGGCAGUCUGUUUACAGCAGACAGCCACCAGGAGGGAAAGGGGCGAGGGUCUUCCUUUCCCCUGCAGGUGGGGGAGGGGCGCUGUGCAGAAGGAACGGCCCAUGGGCCCUCCCCCCCCUACCCUGCCUCGCCCCAAAGGCUUCCCCAUUCUCCUGAAAAAGCCAGAAAUGCCCUUAUUUGGAGGGUCAGCCUGGCUCGAGGGUGGGGGUGGGGCAUUAACCCUUCAUUUAUAAAUAGAGAGAUAAAUCACUGCCGAGUUAAACACGCCAGGGCAGGAACAUAAACAGAGUGGGUGGCUCCAGCACAGCCCCUCACCCGCCCCCCCACCACCGGCCCCCCUUCCCAAGCCGGAGCGCAGUGUUUAUUUGACUCACACCCUGACUCCAGGCUUCAGCCCCAGCCAGCCACCCCACAGGAGCCUCUGUCCCCUUCUCUGUAGGUUGUGGGGAAUCACGGGGGUGCCCACCUCUCAGGGCCAGUAGGGGCCUGAGGUCCCCAGUGAGACUGGUCCUUGGCCCCCAUCCAGCCCCAGUGGUCAGUCUAGCUCCCUUUAUAAAGGUCCCUCAUGAGGACCCCUGUCCGGGACAUUGCCCUGAUGCUGGCCUGGGAGGAGGCGAGAACAGAUGGGUGGUCCUGGAGGAUCGGGGCCAUGAUGGUGGGUGUGGGAACAGGGGAUUGGGUGGGGCAGUCAGAGGUCCCCCACCAUGGGCAAGGCUGUGUCUCAGCAGAACUGUUUCAUCACCAGCUCUGCUGGCACUGCUGUGCCGACGCACUGGCUCAGUCCCCCAGCAGCAAUGUGAACCCAAUGAUACAUAUCAGGAAGCAGGUCGAGAGUCCAUGUGACCUGCCAGAGCAUGCCCACUAGUCUGGGCACAGCCAGGGCCCGAGCCAGGCCCUGGAACUGCAAACUGGAGCCCCGUGGUCUCGCCCUUACCUGCUCUCCGUCUGAGGACGGCCCCACCCCGCAAGAGUUCCUUCGCUCCGCACACCUUUCCACCUCCUCCUCCUGCCAGGAUGGUCACAGAAAUCUCCAUAUUUUGCCAAAGCUCCAUGCUGGCGAGUGCCAGGGCUGGAAUUUGAACCUUGUCUGACUCUGAAAGCCUUUUCUGCUGAUGUCCGAGGCUCCGUCUGGGUAAAGCCAAGGGAGCAGGCAUUUGAGGCCCAGCCAGGCGAGGGCAUGGAGGUGUGGCUACUGGGCAUGCAGGGGCAGACAGGCUGGCUGAAGUCUGGGCCUCAGGGCAGGGCUUAAGGCCAGCUGGUGCCUGGGGUGACCCGGUCUCCUUGCUUCCAGCCUGGGGUGUGCUGGCCGCCAUCAUGCCCUCUGUGUCUCCAGAGGGGCCCUCCACCAAGGCAAUCCCCAAUGCUACUGCAGUGACAACAGUGUGGAUCAAUGCCAGCGGGCCAGAGGUACCCCUGUUCCACCUGUUUGCCCAGCUGGAUGAGGAGCUUCACGGCGCCUUCCCGGGCCUGUGGCUGGCACUGAUGGCGGUGCACGGAGCCAUCUUCCUGGUGGGGCUCGUGCUCAACGGGCUGGCACUGUACGUCUUCUGCUGCCGCACCCAGGCCAAGACACCGUCAGUCAUCUACACCAUCAACCUGGUGGUGACCGAUCUGCUGGUGGGGCUGUCCCUGCCCACGCGCUUCGCUGUCUACUACGGCGCGAGGGGCUGCCUGCGUUGUGCCUUCCCGCACGUCCUCGGCUACUUCCUCAACAUGCACUGCUCCAUCCUCUUCCUCACCUGCAUCUGCGUGGACCGCUACCUGGCCAUCGUGCAGCCCGAAGGCUCCCGCCGCUGCCGCCAGCCUGCCUGUGCCAGGGCUGUGUGCGCCUUCGUGUGGCUGGCCGCCGGCGUCGUGACCCUGUCAGUGCUGGGCGGGACUGGCAGCCGGCCCUGCUGCCGUGUCUUCGCACUGACAGUCCUGGAGUUCCUGCUGCCCCUGCUGGUCAUCAGUGUGUUCACCGGCCGCAUCAUGUGCGCGCUGUCACGGCCGGGCCUGCUCCGCCAGGGUCGCCAGCGCCGCGUGAGGGCCAUGCAGCUCCUGCUUACGGUGCUCAUCAUCUUUCUCGUCUGCUUCACGCCCUUCCAUGCCCGCCAGGUGGCAGUGGCGCUGUGGCCCGACAUGCCGCGCCACGCCAGCCUCGUGGUCUACCAUGUGGCCGUGACCCUCAGCAGCCUCAACAGCUGCAUGGACCCCAUCGUCUACUGCUUCGUCACCAGCGGCUUCCAGGCCACCGUCCGUGGCCUCUUGGGCCUCCACGGAGGAGACUGCGAGGCCAGCGGCGGUGACAUCGUCAGCAUGCACAGGAGCUCCAAGAGCGCCGGCCCUCACGCCCUCACCCAGACCCUGGCUAAUGGGCCUGAGAUUUAGUCAGCCGGGCUCUGCCAGGGGGCAAAGGUCAAGGCACAUCUGGUCAUGCCAGCCUAGACACCCACCAUGCCAGGGGUGGCAAUCGGUUCAUCUCAAUUGAUUGGUGAUGGCUACCCAGAGCACCACUUUGAGAGUCUAAGGCCACUGUGCUGUGGUUGAUUAGCAAUGUCUGCCACUGGCUCCAGAUGGGAUUUGGUGGCCUGAACGCCAAUGAUUUGCUGUCCCUGGGGUAUAGCGCGCCCACUGAAAACUCACAGGGGUAGCCAGGAGCUGCUCCUCACUUUGGCCAUUUUGUCCCCAGCAGGAGUUCCUCAGAAACAAGGACAAAGUGGAUACCACUGAUUAGAAGGAUAAGAUGAGAAAGAAAAAAGGACAAAGAUUGUUCAGGGAUUGGGAAUUCCCAGGAGAGUCACAAAACAACCUGGAGAGGUGCCCUCCGACACACGCACGCAGCGGGAAGGACAGGACAGAAAGAAAAGGCCGGGGGCAUUAAUGUUGCAUUACGGAGGUGGAGGGUUGUAUGUCUCUGCAAGACCCCCGCCCGAGGCCUCCGGGAAUUGCGCAGUAAAAGGCAGACACCCACAGGCCGCUGUGCUGCGGGCAAGCACUCUGGUAUCGGGCCGACCUUGAACCUGCAACCCGCAAAGGGGAGGCUGUUUUUCAAUGGGGGAUCCAGUGACACACACAGGGCCACAGCUGGGAGAUGGCAGGGUCAGAAUGAAAAGCAGCCCCACCUCCUCCAGUGCCCUCAAACUCCUUCCUCAUAGACUGCGCCAUCUGCCCCCAGCCCCACUUUAGGAAUGGCCUCAGAAGAGGCCGCCUGCUGCCGCAGGCGAUGGCAGUGCUCCCGGCCCCAUCCUAGGGAUGAGAAAUCCAAGAGCAAAGUCAUGUAGCAAUGACCCCAGGCCUACCAGGCUGUGGCCACCAUCUCCCCAUGCAAAGAGCCCUUUUUCUCCCCUUUGGGGGCAGAGAGGACUUGACCAGAUGCUCUGGCCCAGCUCACUAUGCGUCCCCACACCCUCGCUAAGGAGGGAGUCUUUCUCUGGCUGGGGCCUCUGACCACCUCUUCUGAGCUGGGCUCCAGGAUUGUCUCCCACAUGUCUUGUGCUGAGUGUCCAAGCUCCCAUGAGCCUUUCCGGACUGGUGUAUGGGAAGGGGGCCUGUACUGGGGGAGAGGAGCUCGGGGCACCCCUGGCACCCCUGGCUCUGAGGCCCUGCCGUCAGACCUGGCCAGAGCCACUGAAGCAGGUGAGGGACUCGGGUCCCCAGGCAAGGCCUUUGGCUACAGAGAAGUCCUACAUGCUCGGGGUGGCCACGGCCUGUGUGGCUGGAAGCAGGAGGGGGAGGAGGAGAAAAAGGCUGGGGCUCCCCAACUCUCCUCAAGGCAGAGUCUCCUGUCUCCAGUUCAGGGGCCUGGACUUAAUAUCCCCAUGUUACAGAUGAGGAAACUGAGGCCCAGAGGGAGAAAGGGGCUUGCCGAGGGCAUAGAGUAAGUGCCUGAGUCAUCCAAGGCCAGUGUCGUCCUCACCAUCCCCAACUGUGGCCGUGUGGGGCAACUGGGGUGAGGUGCCGGUCCAGCGGAGGCAGAGGCAGCCCAGCGGAGGCAGAGGCAGCCCAACGGAGACAGAAUGGGACGGCCCCUGAGGCUGCUUCCUUCCUUGGUCUGGAUGCCCGGGAAGCAGUGGGCAUCACCAUGACCACCAGCAUUCUUGACACUCACCAGGCACCAGGUGCAAUUCUGGAACCUUCCCUCAGCCCCCAGCUCUCUGGCGCUGCUCAGAGAGGGACCGUGGCUUACCGGGUAUGCACGGUUCCACAAGGCAGAGGGGCCUGGCUUUCAGGAAAGGAGGCAGCCGGAGACGGGGUUGUGCAUGCGUAAAAAGCCCACUGAUCCCAGGAGUAGCCCUCCCGGCAGCUUUCAGGCAAGCAGGCACUAAGGGCAUACCAUCAUUCCAAGGCUGAGAGCCGGCAGCCAUGAGGUCACACAUCUAGAGCUGAGGAGUGAGUGGUCAGGGCUCAGGUGUCCUGCCCAGCCCAAGCCCAGCUGUGGGCGUCUAUUCCAGGGUCAUGUAGCCCAGCAGUCCCUGAAUGGCUUUCUCAUCUGGGACCCCUCCACCCACAUUCACAAGUCAUUCAGGGCCAGGGACUCUGGACUCCACUCCUCCAGGGGCUGUGCGUCCUCCUGCUCCAUCUUAGGGGGCACCCGAAGCCCCAGAGACUACCUGGAGGCUCUCUGGGCCCUCAGCAAGCUCUGCACAUGGCCUGGGGUGUGACACCCUCUACUCUUGGUCCCACACUGGCCUGUAAGACCCCUCCAGGCCAGGGCCACAAGGGGGCAGGGGGGCGUGGGAAGGGGUGCUCAGGCGAAGGGGAACAGCCUGGGCAAGGAUGAGGCCAAACCGGGCCUCCCUGGGGCCAGUGGAGGGCCUACCGCCAGCUUCCCAGCCCCUGUUCCACCAGCGUUCCCUGCCCCUCCGGCCUCCGGCCUCCCCCGUCAACGCCCCCCAGCCUGGCUCCAUUCCUGGUCAUCACUCUAGUUCUCGCUAAAGAGUGAAUGGCUGACAGUCAGGACUGCUGUGCUCAAAGGGGCAGGGCUUGCCAUUCUUCUGGAACAAUCCUUUUCUUCAGGAGGAGGGGUCUUUAAGGCAGGUGAGCCAGGUCCCCCUCCUUGUCCCCAAGUCUGAAAUUCCAUCAUUCCACGUGGGUUCCUCAGGCCUCAAAGGCUUCCCAGAUUGCAAGAGGCCUGGAGGGGAACGGCGUCCUGGCCGGGGCAGGCACCCACCACCACUCACACUGGGGAGGAUGGGCUGCCUGUCUUCCGUGGCCGGGGAUACAGGCUUGGGGGGGGGCAUCCUCAGACCUCUGAGAACUGUCUGACACUCCCCCAUGCAGAACUCUUGAUAGGCGGGCCUCAGUUUCCCCACACCCCACUCCUCUUUCUCCUCUCCUCAGCCUUAUAGCUGGAGGGCAGGGACUGGGGGGAGGGGGUCACCCCAGUGCCCUAGACUGGGCCCCACAGCUCCCGCAGCUGCCUGAUGGCUGGCUCCUCCCCACGUCAGCCUCCUCUUCGGGCACCGAGGCCCAGGAGCCUCAAAAGUCAGACCAAGACCGUCCUCAGUCCCACAGGGCAGAGAUGAGUUCUGUGCGCGCCCCUCCCCAUGCUCUCACAGGGACAGGGCAUGAGCCAGCCCCCUCCCCACCGUCCCCCUUUCCAGAUUUUCAGAAUGCCCGAGUGACGUGCGAUCGUGCGUGUAUUUAUAGCCGACGUAAACAAUCUCCUUAACGAGAUGUCCUCAGCCGGAAUUAAAGCUGUUUAUUCUA